AUGGUUAGAUCUUGUCGUUCACCGCAUCACAGAGCGAGGGCAAGCCAGAUGGCAAGUCGACCAAUAGCAAAGUCCGCCAUUCCCAUCACGAACCCCAAUGCUCCACCGGAGGUACCAAGUGAGACCGCCUCGUCGGAUUCGACGUCCGAGGCAUCUCCAGCACUCGCCAAUCACCCUUCCUCUACCGUUGGUCCUGUAACCGAAGCGCCGCGGCCCACAGCUUCACGGCCACCCGCAAACAAUUGGAACUCAUUGGAUAUGGGCGGCAUCAGUAUCAAACAUCUUCCACCCUCCUCAGGCUUGUUCUCCUACUCCUUCCUCAUCAACCUUUACCUCAAUCACAAUGCUCUCACCUCCAUACCUCCCGAGAUCUCGAAGCUUCGGCACCUAGAAAUGCUUGAUUUGUCGGGGAACCUCCUCACGGUCCUGCCCCCCGAACUUGGAAUGCUCACUUUCCUGAAGGAGUUGUACGUCUUUGAUAAUAUGAUAAGUACGAUUCCCCACGAGCUAGGGACACUGCAUCAGCUGCAAACCUUGGGCGUGGAAGGCAAUCCUCUAGAAGCUGCUUUCAAGUCGAUAAUCCAGAAGGACGGGACAGCGGCUCUUAUCUCAUACCUCCGCGACUCGUGUCCCGUGCCCCCACCACCCCCGGAGCGGCACUGGAAGAGUGUCGUCACGGAUCAUGAGCGUGAAUUCCUCUCCGGGGAUCCCGCGGCCGAAACUUUCACUGUCCUUUGCUACAACAUCCUUUGCGAAAAGUAUGCCACGGAGCGGUUAUACGGGUACACCCCUGCUUGGGCUCUGCAGUGGGAUUUCCGUAAAGAGAUUAUAUUGAACGAGAUCAUAUCUUCGGACGCAGAUUUCAUGUGCUUGCAGGAGGUGGAUAUUGCGCAGUAUGAGGACUACUUCACGCAGAGGUUGCGGGACAAGGGAUACGAAGGGGUGUAUUGGCCGAAGUCGAGAUAUAAGACGAUGGGAGAAACGGAACGAAGACAAGUUGAUGGAUGUGCGACAUUCUACAAGGCAUCCAAAUAUCAAUUAGUCGAAAAACAUCUCAUCGAAUUUAGUGCUGUUGCGAUGCAGCGGCAAGACUUCAAGAAAACCGACGACAUGUUCAACCGCGUGCUCGGCAAAGAUCAUAUCGCUGUCAUCUGUCUCAUGGAGAAUAAGCAGACCGGUACGAGGUUCAUCAUCGCGAACGCUCAUAUCCAUUGGGACCCUGCGUAUCGGGAUGUCAAGUUGGUUCAGGUGGCUUUGCUGUUGGAAGAGGUGGAAAAGAUCGCGAAUAACUUCGCGAGGUAUCCUCCCCGUCUGAUACCGACGCCAGCGCCGACCUUCGAUGAGACAGACGAGAACGGAGACCCCAAUGGCGAGCAAGUCAACGGGGAGACGAAUGGGAUCAACGGACAUUCGUCACCUCCACCAACAUUCGAGAAGGCGCCCACGUACGCAGACGGAACAAAAAUCCCAUUGAUCGUUUGUGGUGAUUUCAACACCGUUCCGGACUCCGGGCUAUAUGAAUUCCUCUCGAAAGGCUCCCUUCCCGCCAAUCACCCCGAUUUCAUGUCACACAUGUAUGGCAGGUACACUUCAGAGGGGCUGAAGCAUCAACUCGGGUUGAAGAGCGCGUACGAUGUCUCGUCGCAAGUUCCUGGCGCCGCCGUAAACCACGCGAACGCCGCGUCGGGAGCGUCGUAUGACUUCCCGAUGACGAAUUUCACGCCGAGCUUCAAGGGUGUCAUUGAUUAUGUGUGGUAUUCGCAGGCGAAUAUAGCUGUCAAUGCAGUGUUGGGCGAAGUGGAUAAGGCAUAUUUGGAGAAGGUCGUCGGGUUCCCAAAUGCCCAUUUCCCUUCAGACCAUCUAUGCCUGAUAGCUGAAUUCCGCGUCAAGCCGCCGCGACAACCGUCAUAG